AGUGUUUCCAAAAAGAAUUCGAAUUGCGAUUCGUCUUUUGAUUGCCACAUUUUAGGAAAGUAUUUCAAGGACAUUUGGCAUCGUUUCAAAAAGAUCUCAGCAGGUAAAGCGCUUGGAAAAUUUAUCGCUGGGAGUGGAUCCACAAGCGAAACUAACGGUGCAAUGAAUCCAGCUGUUUGAAAUCCGCAACAUAAAAGCAAAAAACACAAAACUAUAAAACAACACGCACCGAAUCACACGGAAACAACAACAACAAUAGGCAUUGCUCAUAAUUAAUAUGUACGAGAAAACAUUAAACAUAGGAACUGCGAAAGUUAAUAAUGCAUAUGAAUGGCAAAAAGUGAGAUACAACAACAAACCCCAACCGACAACAACAGCAGCAGCUGCAGUUAAACCUAAACCACAACAACAACAAGUUCAAAAACAGAAAAAUGCAACAAAAGCCGCGCCAGCAACAACUACAGCUGCAACAACAACAGCAACAGUGCCACCGUUAGCCGGCAACAGCGUUACCGUUAAGCAAGGCCCCAAAAUCAAAUUUGUUGGCAACGCGGCGCGCCGCCAAUCGUUGGCCCAUCAAAUCAAGCGAGCACAUCGGCAUUUACUGACCAGUGGCGGUCAGGAUAAGCAGCCGCAGCAAAAGCAAAAAACACAAGUGCAGCCGCAGUCGGGCAAAACAGUUGCCAAACCGAAACAGAGGCAGCAGAAACAAUUGUUCAAAAGUGAUAAGGCGAAGGAGAAGUCCAGCAGGCAGCAGAGAAAGCGAGCCGGCACCAGGAGCACUCGCAAUCCGAGGACGCAAUCGGAAUCUUCGGGCCUGUCAUCCCGUUGGUGUUCCAUCGAAGAGCAGUUGAACCUGCUGGACGACCUGCUCUACUACUGCGAUGAGGAGGCCGAACUGUAUCUAGCCCAGCUGUACGAAAGGUUCGAGACACUCCGGCGUAGCAGGAGUUCCUCGCCAGUGAGCGAUUUCUGGAGCGAUUCCGACAUGGAGCACGAUGACUCCAGCACCAGUGGCACUGGCAGCCAUACAGCCAGCAAUACCAGUCUAGUUCCCGCCUCGCUGAAGCGUCGUGGCCACCAGCAUCAUCCGCGAUUCUCGGGCACUCGCCGUCCCAAUGUGCCCAAUGUCCAGGAGAUUCUGGCCGCACUCUAUCGUGGCGACUCAAAGAGCGCCCUGUCCAAUCUGAGAGGAGAGACGCAACCGGAGGAGGAGCAACCACAGCAGCAGACGGAGGAGGUGCUGCCACCCAGCAGAAGCACUUUAAGCCUGCCCCUCAGUGAAUCGGUGACCAAUUCCCUGGGCAGCAACAGUCCCACGCCCACAGACGAAAGCAGCGUGCAAGAUGAGGGGGCCAGUAAUCCGGCAGCAGCUUUAAUAGCUGAGGAUGCAGCCCCACCAGCAGGCACAACCACGUCCAAGAGCAAGAAAAAGAAGCGGGAGAAGGGUGAAAGGUCAGAGAAAUCGGACAAAUCUGAGAAAUCCGACCGGAAGAAGAAAUCUUCAGGCAAGAAGGAACGCAGCAAACGAUCCAAUCCCAUGGAGCAAAGCAGCGACAGCCUGGCCACCGAUCUCAGUGCCGGGGCCAUCGAUGAGGGCAUCGCACUGGCCGACGACGAUGACAACCAAGCGGCGGAAUGGUCCAAGUUGCGAUGCACCAGCGAGGCGGCCGAGAUUGUGGCGGAGCGGGAGGCUCGACGGAACAAGGGACGUUGUGCGGAUUAUCCGGGACUCGCCUUUGGCAGAUCCAUCUUCAGUUCGGACACCAUGAUGAAGUUCAACAUCAUCCGCAACGAGCUGCACAACAUCAUGAACACACAACUCAAACGGGCCGAAUCCGAGGUUGCCGCUCUGAACCGUCGCAUCCAGUUGCUCGAAGAAGACUUGGAGCGCUCUGAGGAGCGUCUGGGCUCCGCCACAGCCAAGCUGUCGGAAGCCUCUCAGGCCGCCGAUGAGAGCGAACGUGCUCGCAAAAUUCUUGAGAACCGCGCCCUUGCCGAUGAAGAACGCAUGGACGCUCUCGAGAAUCAGCUGAAGGAAGCGCGUUUCCUUGCUGAGGAGGCUGACAAGAAAUACGAUGAGGUGCAGCUAAAAACCAAUUUGUCUUCUAUUAAGCUAAGCAACAAUAACAACAACAGUAACAGUAACAAUAUUGAAAUCAGUAAAUCAGAAUCAUGCAAUGCCAGCGAUAUUGGUGGCACCAACAACAAUAACGCAUCCAGAACUAUUGCAUCUGCUGCUGUUGGUGAAGAGACUUCCACCUUGUCCUCCACAAGCCACGAACACAACAACAAUCCCAACAACGACACCUGAUCUGGUUCCUUUGUCAAGCGGAUAUUAAAGUAACUUGAAUUUGAAUUGAAUGAUUGAUAAAGGGUUAACCGAAACCCGAAUCUUGGCACAGGAAUCAGCCAGUGCGUUGAUGCAAAACUUGUGCUUACCACGACGAUUACGAAUGAUGCUUGAGGGCAGUUAGAGCUUAGAUCUAGACCUAGAUCAUGCACAGCCCGCCCGCCCGCCUGACCAUAUGCAAUAUAUAUACGUGUAUAGAUUAUGACGAUGAUAAUGAUGAUGAUAAUGAUGAUGUAUUAGUCGAUGUACAUAUGUACAAUGUAAAUCCAAUCCAAUGAACUUUCGAUUGUAAUGGAGUUUCGUGUGUAUUUUAAUGUGUAAAAUACCAAUGGCAAUAUGUAAAGUAAUUGUUAAGCGGUCCAUACAAUGUCCACAAGUACUCUAUUAAUUGUCCUCAAUGCUCUUCCACGUCAAAAAGCUUGAGAAGCAUAUCGCCACUGAAAAUUGAUUGUUAAAAGUAAAUCGUAAUUGGGUUAGUUUCUUAAAUUGUUCUUUUUAUUUCCAUUCAAUUUCCAAUUACAUAAUUGUAAAGAAAAUGUAAUUUAUACUCACGUUAAAUGCAUAGAGAAACACACCUUAAGUUUAAAAUUAACCCAAGGAAAUAUCUAAUUUUGGAAUAAUAUUUUUGCAAAUUAUUGUUUAUAUACAUAACAUAUUAUAUACUACAAAAAUAUAUAAAUACAAAUAUAUAAUUGCAGCAU